GCCACAAUGGCUUCACGAUAAGCCUAUCUUGUAUCAUGUUAUCCUUGACACAGGAUUUUCCUCCUUGAUGUGUCCCGACAGAAUGGCCGGUGACUACAUUGGCUAUGUGGAAUCCUUGCGGCAUCGAUACCCUAAUCUGCGUCGCUUCUGCGACAUUGAGGGCGCGAGCAAUGUGAAGAACAAGGAGGAGACAAGUCGCGUCGUCGUCAUUGAGAUCCGUGAGAAUGGCAUAAGCCAGAAAGGAUUCGAUUCUGCCGAUGAUCUUGAGCGGUAUAUGCAAGGCCCGCCCUCCGGAUCAGAACCGUGUAAACACCGGGUGUAUGUUCUGGAGGGCACCGCGCCAGCCUAUCUCCAAGUCCUCGGUCGUCGUCUUCGAAUGGACCCGUUUGUGUUCGCGGAGCAGUUGAUGCGCGGCGGAACCCGCAAGGAACAGGCCGCGACGCUGCCUUCUCAACACGGCCUUGAGCGGUGCUUUAGCAUGCAGUAUGUCGAGGCGCGUGUAUUUCCCGAUGGCCGCCUAAACACCCUCGGGGCUUGUUGUCUCUACCGAGACCGGAAGAUUUGGGCGACCAAGAUCAAUUCGAAGUUUGACGAAGUGGCCAAAGUCCACAGGAUCGCAUCCUUUUGGUCGCGGAAAGAAGCGAACGGUGCCUUCAACGGUCUGAUUCUCGUGGAUCCGCCGGUCGGCCAGUUCAUCAAAAUCGGCAAGGCCGCUGAAAAGGAGAUCCGACCCUGUCAGAGCAGUCUCUACCAGGGAGGCUACGUCGACAUCUCGCCGUUCCCGUGUGCCCUGGACCUUGACAGAGACUGGGAAUCCCAGCCUGGACCAACCCGCGAGUCGUUGUUCGAUGACAUUCUGUUCUACUGGAACCACAUGGACAGAUUCCCCAACUUGCACUCCUCCAUUCUCGAGAGCCCGGCCGGCUUCUUCGACGGGGCGUCCUUCUUCCUCAAAAGCAUCAUUGCCGCAAACUGGAUGCAGUUUCUGGUCUACUUUGACGAGAUCAUCGACCGUCUUGAAUACUCCCUGGCUCGCGCGGACAUCAACGCCCUCGACGGCGUGGAGAAUCACCUGGUCGACGUCACGCACUGGCAUCGGCGCUGUUGGAAGUCCUGCGAACAAGUCGAACACGCGAUCCACGCACUUCAACCUCAACAGCGCUCCUCCCCGACGGCGGGCUCUGCCUUCACCGGCAUCGACGACUUUGUCUACAUCCACCGGAAACUGUGCGCCCUCACAGAGCGCUGCCAGCGCCUCAGCCUGUCUCUCACCCAUGUCAUCAGCGUGAUUCAGUCCCGGCAGGCCUCCGAGGAAGCCCACAGCUUGAAGAUCCUGACGCUCCUCGGUAUGUUGUUCGUGCCCCUGACUUUUUUGUCCGGCAUAUUUAGCAUGUCCGGGGAUUUUCUGCCCGGGGAACGCAGCUUCUGGAUCUACAUUGUGGUCAGCAUCCCGGCCGUCAUCAUGGUGUUCUUGGUCGUGUUCUCGAACCAGGUGGCGCAGUUCCUGAAGCUCCGGGAAAAGCCGAGGAAGAGUCUCCUCAAUGUGAGACUUACAGCGAGACCCCCCAUGUUCGCACAGGGAGAAGCCAAGGACGCAGAGAAAGGGUAGCUGUGCCGCCGCCCUCGGGCAAAUUCCCUGAGAGAUCUUCCUCUACACCUGGGACUUGCAAACGCGAGAAAUUUUUUUGGGAUUGGCUGCAUC